AUGAAUCAAGGUAUAGAAUAUGUUGAUCAAGUCAGUGAUGAUGAUGAUGAUGAUGAUGAUGAUGAUGAUGAUGAUGAUGAUGAUGAUGAUGAUGAUGAUGAUGAUGAUGAUGAUGAUGAUGAUGAUGAUGAUGAUGAUGAUGAUGAUGAUGAUGAUGAUGAUGAUGAUGAUGAUGAUGAUGAUGAUGAUGAUGAUGAUGAUGAUGAUGAUGAUGAUGAUGAUGAUGAUCAUGAUCAUGAUCAUGAUGGUGAUCAUCUCAUUAUGAUCACAUUCUCAUAA